GCCGAGCGGUUUCGGUGGAGAAUGAAGUUUUCAUCAAUGAGUACAAAACUUUCUCCCAGGAGAAGAAAGCCAGUGGCUAUAGUGAGGAAGAACUGGAGGAAUCCUAUGCCUUCCUUCUGUUUGAAAAUGAAGAUGGGGCAACAGAGGUGUGUCGGACAGGACUUUGUACAAACACCAGUUCCAUGACCACGCUGGGUGAUCCAGCAAAAGGAUUAGCUCAUCAAGAAUUCCUUUCCACAGCAGGUAACCCUGAAAUGUUUUGAGUAGGGGUGGCAUGUCAAAGCAUUACCAGACAUCGACAGUAUCUAUAGCUCUUUCAAAGUCCACGAUGUGUAGGUUGCAUUGCCUACAGUCUAGGAGCACGGCAUCCUGUGAGACAAGGUCAGAGCUCCUUGGUCCCACCUCAGAAGGAUGUAAAUCAGUGGGAGAUGUGCCUGCGGAGGGCUUCCCAUCUAGGGGAAGAUCAAGGCUGUCCCAGAGAACUACACAAGCAGUUACACCAACCCGACUCCCAGCUAUGACUGCCAUGUCGCUAAGAAUGGCAGCUGUGUUUCCUUGAAGACGAGUCAUUUUCAGGCCUUCGAGCUGAGUCAGUAUUACGUGUAUGAAUGUUCCAGCCACGGUGUUGCUGAACGCCCUAGGCAGAUCUGCCCCUACAUCAUUGUGGCCUUUCAGUACAGUGAACAUCUCUCAAUGUCAGCGUUAGAUCCCAGCACCACAAUUGAACUAGAGAACAAAGUAUUAUACUGCCCAUGGAGGGGGCAGCUCUCUCUCCAAGGGCAGAUUUUAUGCGACAUUGCCCUCAAAUCACCGUAUAGCGCUGUGAUUCCAGCACAACUGCCACCCAAACUGGAAAUCAAAUGUGUCAUGGGCCUCUCUGAUUUGAAAAAAAAGCUACCAGAAGCUGCAUUCAGGAAAAGUAAUUACACAGAAAAUGAAGUCUGUUAUCAAGGCACUUACUUCAGUUUGUUCGAAGUGGAAAUAUCAAACACAGUUCACCAAAAAAUGGAUCACUUAUUAGAAACCCUAAAGGAAAAAGAGUUGGCGAUCAUCAAACACCUGCACGAUCAAGGGUUUCUUUUCUUACUCGCCUCCUCGGCAUUAACGAGGGAUGAAGCUUUUGAUCCUGAUGAGCCCAUCAGUCUCCUUGCCUUGUUUCUCUUCACUGGGUCUAGAUCAACAUGUGUAACAGGACAGAAACAGGACUUGAAACUUGAAAACAAAAGCAGUGAGCUAUCUCUAAAAGUCUCCUGUAUUCUACCGGGCCUUCGCUACGCCUAUCUUGAAGCCACGAAGUGCCCGUUGAAUGCGGGCAGCCACGCCGGUCUUCUGAUUAAGCAUUACUUCCAGGAGUUUGCCAAACUUGAUAAAAACACACCAGCAACUUCCAGCAAAAAAAACAAGCUUCCCCCUUGUCUUCACAUAUCGCCAGACAUGCCUGAAUGUCUCAAUUCUUCUGACCAGUGGCAAAAACAGGUCGUUUCUCAGCUGCAGACUUACCUCCGUGAUCCUGGCGCCUACACUUUGGAAAUAUCUGCAGCUUCAGACUGUUUGGCUGGCAACCCUCCACCCUUGUGCUGUGACUCAGCUGGGAUUUGCAAUGCUGAUGUGUCUUUAGUUUUGUCUCCUGACUCUGUUCUUCCAGACAUAGCUGCUGAGAUAAGGGUUGAAACUGAAAAACCUAAGCCCACGGCAGGAUUGAACCCAGGGAGCGAAGACGCCACGGCCAACAUCAACCCAGCAAGUAAUGUGAAGUUGCAGCAGAAUAAGAGGAAGUCCAGCAGGGCCAUGGUAACGAACACCAGGAAGAAGUGGGCCCCUUUAAAGAUGCUUUCGGUGGUGGACACUAACCGAAACAGACAAAGGACCAAAAAGAUAAAGGUGAACAUGACUUUCCCAUUUCCCAAGAAACAAGGGCUCACGACGUAUUCAAAUGAGCCCACGCUCAAGUUGGCCAAUUUGCAGUUUCCGCACAGAAGGAAAAGAGGGGCUGAAGUGCUGUCUGCAGAAUUUGUGCAUCGAACGCAGUCUGAACCCACACCCAAAGGCACCUCCUCUCCUGACGAUGCUGCUUUGACAACCCAGAGACCAAAGAAGCUGAAGGAAAUGGAUGCAAAAAAAGUUCCAAACACUGAGAGAGUCUCAAAGCAAGUGAAAAGUAAGACGAUAAAAAGUAUAGCUCCAGGCAGCUGUAAGCCCAGAGCCAGAAAGCAAUUGGAACCGGCAAAAAAGGAGUCAUUCUCCCUCUCACCAAAUAAAGUCCCCGUGAAAAGUCAAAGGACAGCUGGUGAUACAAAUGAGGCUUACACAGAAAAUGUUGGUACUCAAGACAUCAACCUGUCUCUGAAAGGAAGUAACUAUGAAUCUCAUGCCUUGAACUUGCUAGCUGACCUCGCCCUGGGCUCUUGCAUUCCCCCAAUUAUUCCUAAAGACAAUAGUGCCGCCUUACCUCUGGGCACUGCAAAGGAGCAGCGCCGUCUUCAUAAGAAGAAGCCCUCACGAGUGGCUUCUGAUCAUGAAUAUCACCGGGUGGAUAAGCAACCGAAGGGAGGAUCCUCAUCUAGCAAAACACAUAACCAUAAACUUUCAUCUCCUGAAAAAUCUGAAUUGAAAAAGAACUUCGCUUCUAGCCCAAAAGAGAAAAUCCCUGUGAUUUCCAACAAGAAGAACAGCACCAGUCCUAACUCUACAAAAGCCCGGACGUUGCCCUCUAAGGAGGGCAUAGAGAUGUUAGAGGGGAGCAAGUACUCUACUAUCUCCUCGGAGCAUUCUUACGCCUCCUCGAUGUCUGAGCACCCUAAAAAACAGGGUCACUCAAAAGGAGCGCAAGGUUCUUCCCUCUCCAAGAAUGGAGCCAAAAACGCCAAGACCGGCCCACUCAUUGGGAAGGUGCUGCCUUUCCGGCAUCAGCAGAACAACACUCACAUGCCAAAGCAAUUCAAGGACUUGGUGGUAAAGCCCAGGUUGAAAGAGGACUUCUUCAAAUCGCACACAGUGAACAGCUGCGACGGGUCUGUCAAGGUGACAUGCCAGUGGGAAGCUGAGUACCUCUUCAGUCUAGAUAGCCAGUACACCAAAGACUCCUUAGAGAAAACUGUCAUUCGGGCUCUACACGGGCCCUGGAACCCUGAUUUACCUGACGACGUGGAAGACAAGAAGCUCAUACUUCAUAUGUGGAUUGCUCUCUUCUACAGCAAGCCGAGUAAACUCCUAAACAGUACGAGGAAGGUGGUAGAGCACAGCAACCCUGAAAAAUAUGUAUCCUUAAACAGUACCCUGGACCCUUUUGAACUAAGUGAGGACGGCGAGGAUUCUUUGGGCUUGGAAAAGUGCCCUGCGGACUCUUCAUCUGAGGCUAAACGGACUCCCAGCUGUAGCCAGGAUCCUCUGGAACUAAACAAAGAUCCUGAGGGAUCCCUUGGUUUGGAGAAGUGCCCUGCAGAUUCUCAAGGGGAGGCUGAACAGACUUCUGGCACUGUCCCUGACACAACAUCCUCCCCCUCUGGACAGUGGCUUUCUGGCGACGAACCAUCAACCACGAGUUGUGUCGAGACCUGUUCUCUCGAUGAGUGUCCUGAUCCCAGCAGGCUGCUCUUGAAAGAUGGGCCCCAAGACGUCACCGCUGGUGAAUGUGUGAAUAGUGCUGGUGCCUUCUCUAAGGUGGAUGAAGAGGAAAGCGAAAGAAGGGAAUUGCCUGACACCCUGGUCUCCACCGGUAGCUGUAACAACAGCACCUCUGAGAAACACAGCAAUGCCAGCCCAAGACCAAAAGCCCUUGGCACUGAUGGCUCAGAGGAAGCAAAUCAAGCCCUUAAUUCAAGUAAAGUUUCACAACAUGACACUUCUUUGGCACAGAAUGAAUUUCCAGAGAAGCUGGACAAUAUGCAGCCUCUGGCUAAGGGCGAGGACCCUGUCCUUCCUGAGGGAAGUACAGCAGUGGAGGGCCUCACUCUCUCCGCUGAAAAUGAGGACCAAGGGCAUGUGGCUGCUGAUGAAUCGCUCCCUGUCUGCGAAGAAUUACGGUUACAAGUGAGCCCUGAGUGCCCAGAACCUGACAGCCCUGACAGAGAAGUGAGCAACUCGCAAGAUCCAUUAGAAAACCAGGAGGAAGAAGAGGAAGAUUUUGAGUACCAAAAUAUAUACCUGGAGCCAAUUGUUUUAGCCCUUUCAGAGAGUAAUGAUGCUGAUCUGGAGCAUGAAGAUAUUGACCAGGAUCCCGUUAACUUAGUCCUUCCUAAGGACAUCUACAUCCCUGACGAGAGCGACACACCAAGGACAGCUGACUUGGAGUCCCCCUGUGACAGUGGCUUAAAUCUGACAUUGUCAUCUGACACGAGUCCUAUCCAUUUGGGCCCCUUCAGUGAAACAGCGCAGUCUCCAGAGGCCCAUCCAGGCAACCAAGAAGCCAUUGCCCUACCAGCUGAAGCAAUUAACAGCACCCAUUUGGAGCAUGAUGAUCAGGACACAGAUGCGAUCAAUUUAAUACUUCCUAAAGAAGCUUCAGAAGAGAGUAAUGCUCUCAGUACUGUUGAGUUGGAGUCCCCAUGUGACAGUGGAUUAAUGUUAACGUUGUCAUCCGAUGCCAGCCCUCUCCAUCAAGUACCUUCUGACACUAUAACACAGUCUCCCGAGGCGCUUUCAGGGAACCAAGAGGUCCCUGUAUUACCAGCUAAAAAAAAUAAUGACAAUUUGGAGAAUCAAGGUAAAGACGCAGGGUUGAUUAACUUAGUCCUUCCUAAGGAAAUUUGGAUACCGGAAGAGAGUGAUACAGCUAGCACGCUUGACUGGGAGUCCCCAUGUGAGAAUGGGUUAAGUCUGACAUUAUCCUCUGAUGCGAGUCCUGUCCAUCAAGAACUUGCUGCUGAAAUGACACCAUCUCCAGAGACUCAUUCACAAAUCCAGGAGGUCACUGGCCUACCAGCUAAAGAAAUUGAAACAUCAGCCCCAAGUGAGUCAGUGGAGGACACCAGCAUCUCCCAGGAAGAUGGAGGCAGUGAUUCUUCUGAGCACACUUCAUUGAGCAUUGAGGAAUCCAGCCAAGUGCAAAGCAAUAUGCUAACUCAGGGAGAGCAAAGGAGCUCCCCUAAUGAAAUGGCAGAGUUGCUAAACAAAUCUGCAGGAGCAGGACAAAGCCAGGACUUAGCCUGGGAAAAUACAGCCUUGGAAGUUGACUCGACAGCUGAGGAGACCUGGAACAAACCUGAGAACAGUGGUGUGUGUCCUGUUCCUGAAACAUCGCUACGCCAUGACUUGGAUGAGAUGACUCUAAGGACUGAGUCUGGAGAACUUAAGACUUCCCUUUGCGAACUGCAGGAAUCAACUCCGACCCUUUUAACGAAAAGCGACCAGUCUAUUACUGAAAAGCAUGUGGGUGUAAAACAAAUUAACUUCAUAAACCAUUGGCCUGCACGCAGCCCUGGUUGGUGCAGGGUGGAGAGCUUCUCAUCGGACAGGCCUUCUCCUCCGGAGCCAGAGCACACGAGUCUCAGUCCAUCACAGCCGUGCUGUACUCCCACUGGCAAAGCAGCGGCUCUGCACUGCGGUUUCUUAGACCAAAGCGAGCAGGAUCCAGUACUCCACAAAGGCCUGAAUUCUGAUCGCAUGGAUCAAGGAGACAUCCCAGAGAUACGUCACUCCAUCCCUGAGAGUCAAACAGCCUCUUCUGCUGCAGAUGACACCUCAGGUCCGAAUGACACAGAACAGGCCAAACCCCCAACGUUGCUAGAACAAGAAAUCCCUGUAGUUAAAACAGUGGACUUGCUCGAGAGAGAGGAGGAAGACUCUUCAAUAGGCCAACCUACUCCAGCCGAAGCCAAAGCGAUGACUUGUGUCCUUUCUCAGCAGCCCGGCCUUUCACCUAGCGGAGAGGUGGAUCUGCACAGCUCCCUAUUAGAGCAAAGUGAACCUGAUCGGCUGCUUCACCAGAAUAUAAACCCCAACCCCGCUGAUCAAAUGGAUGUCACAGAAACAUGCUCCAUCCUGGAGAGUCAAGUAUCGUCUUUGGCAGCGGAUCAUUCCUCUGUUUCUUGUUACGCAAAAGAGACAAAAAAAGACACGUUCCUAGAGCUUGAGCUCCCUGCAGCUAAAAUAACAAGCUUGCUAGAGCGCGGCAGCAAAGGACUCUCGCCGCGUGAGGAAUUUGAUCUGGGAAGCGGUAGCCCCACAGCAAGCGCAGCCUCUAUUUCAGGAGAGGAGGAACCAACGGGACAGACACGUGAACAGAGCUCUGCUGGGGAAACGCCAGACACGCAGAGGGACCCCGUGACAGGAGAAUCGGAGGCAUGUGCUGAUUCGGACACGGCAAGGGAAAAACCUUCCGUUUCCUUUGUUCGGAUGCCUGCUUUACAUACCCAGAGAGACUCUGGAGAGAAUUCAGAACUGAGUGAUGCAGAGGAAAUUUUGGGCGAAAAUUUGCCCAGCCCGAGUACAGAACUCAUUAGCAAAGACAUCGGUACAAUCGCGGCCCUUGAAGAAGUAUCACGUGAGGCUUUUUCUGGAGGCUCUGACAAUGAGUACUUCAGAGGAACUGUGCACCCCAAACUUAAGUUUAGUGGCUCUUGUAGUACAAAGACCAUGGACGCCAUCAAGACGACAUCCAUGGCAAGGGCUCGUUAUGAAUCUCCUGCGAACAAAGACAGUAAGGCUAAGGACCGGGACUCUUUGGAGACGGACAAAAGGGUUUUGGGUGUUGAGUCUGAAAUGUGGCAGCAUAGCUGGCCUGCUAGGUUAGGGGAAAGCGAUAGGCACGUACCCCGUUUUGUCAAUAUGGGAAAUGAUCAGGGCACCCUAAAGGACUACACAAACUUCACUGUUAUCAAAAAGCACAAGGACAAAACUAGAACGUUACAACCUUCAAAAAGACACGACGGCUCGAGGGAACGACCUGACUUAAUAAGCUCGUUGACGAGGACCUGGAAGGCUUUUGAUGACCUCACGCAGAACACUUUAGACAUGGAAUGUCUACGUUUCCAUUAUAAGCUAAAGCAAAUCAUAAAGAGACAGAAAUCACGCUACUCUACCUCUUGCGGUAUCUUUCCAAAAGAGUUUCCUGUCCAAGCGACACCGGAGACUCUGCCCUCAAGAGAGGCACACGAAUCCCCCAUUCUCAAUGCGCCAUCCAGGAGUCGCAGCCCGCUUCUGGUGACAAUUGUGCAUUCAGACACAAAACCUUGUAGCUCUGGUUGGCACCUAAGAAACGGUAGCCCCACGGACUUUGAUGACCCCCCGCCGUGCCUCCCACGGCAGGAUAAUUUUAUCAGCGAAAGGAACGCUGCAAAAAUCAAAAGCCAGAGCCACAACUGUGCCGUUCCCUUCCACCUCAGCAAAUUAAAAUACGACAAUAAGCUAAACGAAUCAAGGGGGGAUAUUUCAGGCAUUCUAGAUGAAUAUGCAGAGUUUAACAGGGUGAUGCUGAACAGUAUAUAUGCGGGUAACAAAGGGCGAGGCCAAAGCACUACCUCAGAAGAGUCCACUUGCAAAAGGACAAAAUACAGCUAUUUCCCCAGAAGAACGGCCGUCUACGACACCAUGAUCGCGGACUUGUGCAGCACACUGCAUUUCCGGCUCAAAGGUGUCAUGAAAGAGGCUUGCAAAAACACUUUCAUGUUCUACCUGGUUGAAACCAGUGACGAUCCUUUCUUUGUGAGGAUGAAGAACUUGCUGAAGAAAGGCGGCCACACUGAGAUCGAACCGGUGAACUUCUGCAAGCUAAAACACCGGGAGACGGACCGGCUGAUCGUCAUUAUUAGGAACGAGGACAUAUCUUUGCAUAUUCAUAAAAUCCCUUCCUUGCUGCGGCUAAAGCACUGCCCAAACGUGACCUUUGCGGGAGUGGAUGGCCCGGAGGACGUAACGGACCACACCUACCAGGACCUGUUUCACAUGGGCGGCUUCGUGGUCUCAGACGAGGAGGUAUUAGAAACGGUCACUUUAGGUCAACUGAAAGAAAUGGUUAAAGCGCUGGAGAAGCUGAAUGGUACCGGGCGGUGGCGAUGGCUUCUUCACUACAAAGAAAGUAAAAAGCUAAAAGAAGAUGUAAGGGUGGAUUCGAAUGCUCAUAAAAAGAACUUGAUCCUGAAGUCCUGCCAGGGGGUGAAUAUCGUGGAAGUCCUUCACUACCACCAGUGCGACUCCAAGUCGUCCACCAAAUCAGAGUAUCUCAAGUGCUUGCUGAACUUGCAGGUGCAGCACAUCAGUGCCAGGUUUGCGGUGUAUCUCACAGAUAAGCCUAGCGUCAGCAGAGAGGUCUUUGAAAGCAAAGGGAUCCUCGUGGUGGACGUGAACACCUUCAUCGGCACCGUGCAGAAGGUGGCCGCCCCCUUUAAAAAAAGCUACUGGUGACGGAAGUCGAGCCCAGGCCUCACCGCCCCCAGCGAGGACGGAGAACAAAGUGGAGCUCAUUGCUAUGCUUUUAAGCUUUUGAGAUGGAAAGAACUUUAUUCUUUCAGGUCCUGCGACUGCACAAUAAACCCCCCGUGCAGAAAGAACAGGUGACUUCCCUUCCUUUUAGUUGGGUAGAUUUUUAGACUGUAUUUAAGGCUGGUCAGUCAGAAGCUUUCUUACGAUGCUAUCGGCCCCCAAUCCCGGGUUGCUUAGAGAGGUAUUUUAACAUAUGCAAUGUUUUAAAUUAUUUUAUUUUCCAAAGGGGAGUGUUUGUUAACUGAAUCAAGACCAGAGGAAGCAAAACGAUUUACUUGACAGCUGGGAGCGAUGCCAGUCCAUCCCAGCAAGCUGUUUCUAUACCUGGGCGCUCAUGUACAUAUGUACACAACAUGCAUGUUGUAUGAGCGGGCGGGAGGGGAGGGGAGGGGAGGGACAGGGGGAGGUUGUACAUUUUAGAUGGCUGUUGAGGAUUACUGCUCUGGCAGUCGGUCUGCGACAGCCCAAUCGACACUACAGGUCAAGUUGCUGCGGUCUUUUUUUUUUAAUGGUACUGUCACACUAUUGGACCUCCUUUAUUUUCCACCAUACGGAAAUCUUGUAAAUAGGACAACCGGAUGCCGAAACCAAGAGCACAUAUUUAUGGCCUUCCACAAAGCCGCCGGAUUGAAAGGCCCAUUCAGCACUAAAGCAACGUUUGUAAGAUACGUUCCCGAUGUAUUUGGAAGAUGUUUUUGUAACUAAUCUUUCUUUUUUUUUUUAAUAAAAGUGAACAAGAAACGCAGCUGUGUACAGGACACCUUUGUACAGAGUUUGACUAAUAAAACAGGAAAAUGACACCUCUCUCCUAGACCGUGCCUGUCUUCAUUUAGGGUUUUCUUGACAGAGGCUGCAGUAGAGACGAGCGAAGUGUUUUGCCCACGCGCCAGAGUUCAGGAAUCCUGUGUUCUGCCUCCCGAGACCUUCCUUUGGUUUAGGAAGAAAUGGCUCAGGGGUUUAAGGGCUCCGCCUAGGUUAGGAUAAUGCUGAGCAGAAACUUGAAUCCAGGAGACGACCUGAGCCACAAAGGCCUUUGGCUAGUUUAGACUACAAACAUCAUUUUUUUGUGAGCUUGAGAAAUGUUUCAGUGAAGCUUUCAAUUGGCACGUGGAUGCCUACGACCGGCGCUGGUGUUUGAGCCAACCGGUCGUUUUCUGACCGCUGUCUUGCUAAACACCCGUCACCAUUUUGAAGUGAGGAGCGAUCCAUAAGGUAUUAAUUAGUUCCUGUCACAGGCCCUCUUGUCUACAUCUCUUGAACAAAAAAUACUAUGAUAGUUGCCUACUAGGUGGUAACCCAGUUUGAUCCCAGCUCUCAGUAGGUGCAAGAGCAAUGACCUGACUGACCCCUGCAGCAGAAACUAGAGCACUUGUACCAUGUGUGAUGGCAUUCAGGUCUUUGAUGUGCCCCUCAACUUCUGCACCACCUGUGCUCUCAUCUGGUUUCCCUCUUGCCCGACGGGAGUAACUCAACCAGCUCCAAAAGGCCGAAUUAUGGUUUACACGACUCCCAGUUCACAAUAAGAAAAAUGCAAACAGUUGCUUGCACAUGCAAGGAGCAGUGGAAACGCUGAAGAGCAGGACUGAUCAAAGAUGUUUUAGGGGGAGGAGCGGGGUUGGGGGGAGCCUACCUUGUCGUUUUAGAAGCAAUCAACUUUGCACAGGGAAGAUCCUUUUCCAGAAGCUGAAAGAGUCCAAGUCUAUUUCUCCUCCCAGCACAGACACAGAAGCUGUUCAUUUACCUGCCUGUGGAGACGGCACCUGUGAAGGUGUCACCUCUCCCCUCUGCUUCCCCGAAAGGGACAAGUGGCUUAAUACUGAAGGCUCGUAGGCAGGAGACCUGGCACCUGAAGAGAUAGCAGGGUUACAACAAAGCAUUUCAAGUCAAGCGAGCACAACUUGCAACACAAAAGUAAAAAAAACUCAGGCUCGCAGAGUUGGUCUCCUACAACAGCCAGCCCUACAAAAACUCCCCCUUUGUUUCACCGCCCUUUCCAACGGCAUAAAAAGCUGAAGUUUUUAGAAGAGGGUACGGUAAAGUACAUUCUUCUCAUGGCUUAAAUUGCCACCUGGCAGCAAGCUCUCCCAAAGGUUACCAACACGAAAAGCAGUAGACCCAGACAAGGAACUAAGACGUUAGAGUACUCUUUGUGCCAAUGGCAAUUAAUAGAUGUAUUCGAAAAAUGCCGUUCAGGGACCGAGGGCCUGCCCAGAACCAGUAUCAAGUGUUUAACGGAGUUGAAGAACACUAUCCUUGUCUGCAUGUUUGAAUUGGUGGCAAUGCAUGAGAGAGGCUCCCAAGAAGGCUCUUACCCCAAGAAAAAGGACCUUCCUACCUCUUAAACCAUCAGCAGCCGCUAAUUGUAGUAGGCCUUCAGAAGGGCUCUGAUCUUUAAAGCUCUGCUAGCAUUGAGUCAGCCACUAGGAUCAGGGCAUUUAAUUUCCCCCACCCCAACCCUGCACUUUGCUGGUACUAACCAGUGCUAGCGCACCUGAUGGGACAAGCUGAAGAUGGAAAUCAACUGCCUAGGUUACAAGAAGCCAGGCUGAGCUGCCCUUGAUAAUAGCAGGUGUAACAACGGAAACAUUUCCAAGUGAAAGGCAUUUAGGAAUACCCUCGUGCUAUUCCUGGUUGGAACGGAUAAAAACGCUGCUAAGUCCUCCAGCAAGAGCCCAGGGGUGCUAUUGUGGCAAGUUGUAGGUCCUCACAUGGUUGGGGGGGGGAGGAGGAGUCCAGAGAUGUCUGGGGCUCCCAAAUACCCUGCAUCUCUCCUCCCCUUUGCAGGGGAGAGGAAAGGGGAUUGGAGCUGGCUCUGGCAUCAGCAGAGGCACUUGAAACCCAGCUCCUGCACAGUGCCCACACACCCGUAACCAAGUGCUCGGAGCAGUGCUUGGUUUAAAGAGGUGCUCCGGUGGAGGGUCUCGGGCCCUUUCAAACAGCACGUGCAUCUGCUCCUUAGUUUGGGUGUCCCGAUUUCUUUCAGAAGCUACUACAAGUAUCCCCGGCAGGGGCUCUGCUCCUCUUGCAGAAGCCACGCUCCGUGCACAGCUCACCUGCCUGCUGCUUCUGGCCGACAGCUCAGCAGUGCUGGAGAUUCAGCGUUUAACUAACAGUUGCAUUUGGACUCGAGUCGCAUUCAGGCCAAGACAAAAGCCAGCUUUGCACAGGACAGAGUGGGGAGGGCUAGCAGCCCAUGUCAAGUCUUAGCACUCCCCCUCCUGGCCGAGUUGGGCUCCAGCUGGGGCAGCUGUCACUGCUGGCAUUUUGAAGGGGGUAAGAGCUCUCUAGUGGAGCUCCUACCUCAGAAACACUCCUGAGAACAAGAGGGUUUGCUACCAUCUAGAAAUGGACAGACAGAAGUAGCUUACAGAGAGGCCUGCAAGACAUUAGGCAGUCAGGCCCCUUACCCAACAUCCAGCUGGACUGUUUUUUACACUUUCAAACCAAGAUGCUGCACUGCUUGCAGGUCUACACCAGGCAAGGGAGACUUGGAGCUCAAAUCAGUCCUGGCAUGGCCACAGGGAGAGCUGUGCUCAGACCUGGCCACCAGCACAGCUUUACCCUUCCCCAUUAAUGGCUGUAACAGCACACGAGGGCAUGCGAGCCAGGGCCAGGUGCGAUUCAGCAUAGCAGUGCUCGGUCCUCUCCCCUACCUGAGCAGGGAGGCCGAUGAGUACUUGCCAGCAAAAUGCAGACUUCCUUUAGAAACAGCUGUAGCGGAAAGAAAAAAAAAAAAAAAACGCCAAGGAAGUCUGCUUUUUGCUAUUAUUAAGGCUUGUAUGCCAAGCGCUUGCUUCACAGUGGCAGCAAGACCGCUUGGAGAUCUCGGGGAAAGUGGCUGCCCUUUGUACACUAUGGGAGCGAAUCAGACCAGAGCACAGGACUGGUUUCCAGAAUUUGGCUUUACUUCGCAGUACAGAAAUCAUUUGGAGCCUUCAAGAGACAUCAGAAGCACAGGCUCUGUCAUAUCAAUACUGCAGUGCAGUUUGGUCCAUCCAAAAAAGCCACAUGGGUACAGAAAAUACUUUCACAUCUUGCCUGCUUUGUAAUUUGUUCUCUCAAUUUUAUUGGAUUAAAACACAAAGGAACCUUUAGGCACAGUUGUGUUCCAACUGAUGUAAACUGUUUUAGAAGCUGAAGUGUGGGUUAGGCCCUGUGCCCAGAACUACGCCAACAGUUGCUGCUACAAGAGAGGUGGGCUUUGUCCAUAAUACAACUUGCCACAGAGUUAAGAUUGAUGGGUAAGACUUUAGGGAUGCUGUCCACAGCAAUGGAGUGCUCAGCUGAGGUGUUUCUCGAUAUCAGGUCUGAAUGACAUCUGUCAAGGUUACUAAUACACCAGAAGCACAUCAUGGUGAAGUAUGUUUACAAAUGAUUAAAAAUACAA